AUUCCAAACAUUGAACAUUUCGAGCAGUGUCUACACUGUACACAAACUAAGGCGAACUAUUGAUACAGUUGAAGAAGCCUUCGCCAGUCUGUGACACAAAAUAGCUAAGCCAUCUCUACUUCACUACAUAAACGUUUUUUUCUUCUUCUCUCUCUCUCUCUCUCUCUCUCUCUCUCUCUUUCUCUUCCUUGAUAUUGUUGGCGUUGUUAUUCGAGAUUAAAGAUCGUAACGCACACUAGAUAGGCGAGUGAAUGCAGAGAAAAACGUAAACAACAACAAAACAAAUGCAUACAUAGACACAGGCGAGAGGCGAUAGAUAGAAGUGGCUUUAUAAAAAGGAUCCAUGGUGAAUUUUUCACCAUUUCAGUUUUGAUUUUCUGAGCGAACACAAACGAUCGAAAAAAAUUGAAUGAAAGCUGAAUAAAAAAGACAUUGUAGGCACAAUGCUAAAAUUUACAUUAUUUUUAAUUAGUGUAGUUUUACUCGACUGCAUUGUUGCGGCUCCUGUAAGCAAAGCAAAUGGAUGCAGACAAGGAUGCCCAUCAACAAGCAAAGGGAGUAAACUAAAGUAUCAACCAGGCCAAGUAUAUAGCUAUAAUUUUGACAGUACUGUAUCGAUUUCGUUGACUGGCAAUGAUCCACAAGAUAUUCAGUUGCAAGUGCAGGGUACGGCUCAUGUGCACGGUUAUUCAAACUGCCAAUACGGUUUGGAUUUGAAUGACGUAACAUUGAUUGGACCGGAUAAGGGCAAAACUAAAUUCAAUCCGAAAUUACAAUUGUCAAAUAUCGUGCAAUUCACAUUGUCCGAUGACAAAUUGGAACCAGAGAUUUGCGCCAAUCCCGAUGAUUCCGAUGUAUCGUUGAACAUAAAACGAGCUGUGAUUUCAUUGUUGCAAUUGAACGAAGGAACGACCGAGGAAACGGAUGUGUUUGGCAAAUGUCAAACAAAUUACGUUGUUAACAAGAAUGAUGAUGGAUCGUUUGUGGUGACCAAAACUCGUGAUUUGAACUCGUGCAGCCAUCGCGAGAGUUUCGUUAAUGGAUUUAUCACUGGUGUUUUCAAUGAAAACAGCAAGGUGAAAUCGACGCCAUUGUUGAACGGCGAUUACACCAACGAAAUUCGUGUCAAUAAAGAUGGUAUCGUUGAAUCGGCUCAAGUUGUUGAGGACUACACAUUGGUACCAUUCUCAAAUGGUGAAGCUGGUGUUAGAGCUCGUGUUGUUACGUCGCUACGAUUCAAGAACCAAAAACCAAAUGGCAAUGAAAAGUCAUCGGUCUCGGUUCCACGCACAUUGAUUCACGAAACGGUUAACAAACCACAAGCGGUUAACUACCAAAUCGCCAAGAAAUCGUUGUUGGGCAUUUGUGAUACGUACGCUCAACGUAAGAACAGCGUUGGAGCAGAAGUUGCCGGCCAAUUCACCGAAACCAUUCGCUUGUUACGCUACUUGAAAAAGGACGACAUCCUACACUUGUUCAAAGAAGCUUCGCAAUUGAAAGACAAUCCAGUUUGCCGUAAAGUAUUCUUGGACGCCGUUUUCCGUGUGGCCAGCGCCGAUUCAAUCAAUGCCAUUGCCUCGUUGUUGGAGAACAACAAAAUUCAUGAAAAACGUUUGGCUUACCUUUCAUUCAAUUUGGCUACAUCGGUUAACAAAGAAACCAUCGGUGUUCUAGUGAAAUUGCUCGAUAAAGACAAUUUGAAAGAAGCAUACUUAAGCAUUGGAAACUUGAUCAAGAAAUACACUCAACAAGAAGGUAGCGAAGGUAAUGCUGAUCUCGUGAAAUUGUUCGACAAAUUGGCCGAUAGAUUGGGCAGCUGCAAGAGUGAAAAGCGUCAACAAGAAGAUGCGAUCGUUGCCAUUUUGAAGGGAUUGCGUGGUGCCAAGGGCGUCAAUGGAUCACUUUUAGAUAAAUUGGUGAAAUGCGCAAGUGAAGGCAAUGCUGGCCGUGUUCGUGCCGCUGCCAUUCAAGCAUUCACAUCGGCUUCAUGUGACAGCAAAAUCCAAUCGGCUGCUUUGAACCUCUUGAAAAACCGUAAAGAUGACUCGGAAUUCCGUAUUGAAGCCUACUUGGCGCUGCUCGAUUGCUCAACACCACAAAUUGCCGGCGAAGUUGCAAAAUUGUUGGAAGACGAACCCGUUUACCAAGUUGGCUCAUUCAUCGUUUCGCAUUUGUCCAAUUUGCGUUCAUCAACCGACUUGUACCGUGAAAAUGCCCGUAAAAACUUUGCUGAUGUGUACGCAUCGAAGAAGUUCCCAAGUGACAUUCGAAAAUUCUCAUUCAACCAUGAAUUCUCGUAUGAAUUUGGAUCGUUGGGCUUGGGCGGUAGCAUUGACAACAAUAUCAUUUACUCGCAAAACUCAUUCACACCACGUUCCAUUCGCUCUAAUUUGACUGGUGAAUUAUUUGGCACCAGCUUCAACAUCUUCGAAUUGAGCGGUCGUCAAGAGAACUUUGACUUGGUUUUGGAACGCUACUUCGGAGCAAAAGGCUACUUCAACACAGUGAAUAAACAAGAAGCAUUGACUAAACUCCAUGAACUAGUUACUGGUGGUGCAUACCGUCCAAAACGUGGAAUCGCCCAAGAUGCUGACACCUUCGGAAAGGACUUUGUCGGUGCGUUGAGCCGCGAUGUUGACUUUGAUUUGUCGGUGAAAAUGUUCGGCUCGGAAUUGUACUUCUUGAGUUUGGGUGACAAUUUCCCAUCGGAAAAUAAGGAUUUUAGCAAAGAAUUCGGUCGUUUCUUGCAAAACUUUUUGAAAGCAACCAAAGAUGGCAAAAAGCAUCAAUACGAUGUUCACUCAUUGUUCCUCGAUGCUGAAUUCUCGUAUCCAACCAGUUCCGGUUUCCCAUUGAAGAUUCAAUCACAAGGUGCUGGUGCUUUCCGUUUGGAAGCCACACUCAAGGCUGACUUCAAGAAUAUUCAAGCCAAGCCGAAGGAAACCAAAUUCGCAGUCAGCCUUGUGCCAAGCUACAACGUUGAAUUGACCGGAAUCAUCAGUGUUGACGGAUACGAAGUUACCGCUGGCGUGAAGGUGACAAGCAACGUACACAGUUCCACUGGAACACAAUUGUCAUUCGAAUUGUUGAAUCAAGGCAAAGGUGUUGACAUUAAGAUUGAUUUCCCAUUGAAGAAACAAGAAAUCUUGAGCUUUGACCACAAAAUCGUCUUCAUCCAACAGAACUUGGGACACGAAAGCAUUACACACAACUUGAAAUCGGCACAAAAGAAAGACGUUAACGUUCGCAACGAUUGCUUCGAUCAAUUCAACAAAUACUUGGGUGUUACAGUUUGCUACGAAUUGAGCACCAAGAAAGGCGAAAAAUUGGCUAACAGCCGCUUGUUCCCAUUGAAUGGUCCAGCUCGCAUUUCAGCCUACGUCGAAAUCGAGAAGCAAUACCAUUUCAGUGCCUUGUACGAUGACACAAACUCACAAAAACGUGCAUUGGAUUUGGUAUUCGAUACACCAGAAUCAACGGAAACUCGCAAAGUUUCGAUCAAAUUCGAGGGUGCCCUCUCACCAAAGGCUUACUUCAGCGCUGAAAUUGUAUCGCCAUACAAAUCGGCAAAGGCUGAAGUUGGUGUCACCAAUGACGACAAAGAAUUGAUUCUCUACGGACAAGCCAGCAGCGAUGCUCGGCAAUAUUUGUUGAAAUUCGGUUUCAAGAAAAGUGGAUCGGGUGCACGCCAUGAAUACACUCCAAUCAUUGAGUACAACAAUCCUGAAGCCAUUCCAUACAAGGUGAGCGGCAAAUUGAUUGCCGAUUCAUCAGCAGCGCCAAAGACCCGGUACACAUUCGAAAAAUUGACCGUUGAACCAGCACAAAGCGGCGGCAAAUUCGGUCCAUUGGUACUCGAUGGAUGGUUUGAACACGAAAAACUUGAACGCUUCGAAACUGAUCUCAAUGCUAAGUACAAGGAUAGCUCGGCCAAUGUCAAGGGUAAAGUGAUUGCAAAACAACAAGAAUUCGAAGCAGAUUUGUCACUUUUGAGCGACGUUGCUGAAUUUGCCAACGGCAGAGUUAAGAUCCACUACAAACUUACCAACAAACACUGCAAAAACUCAUUCGUUUUGAUCUAUGGCAAAGACUUGGAAUCGACAACCAAACGCAUCGAAUUCACCACGGACAAUGAAUUCGAGAAGCAAGAUAACAAAUACACCAGCGUUAAGGUGAAGAACACACUCAUCAUCGCACCAAUCCCAAUAAAAUUGGUGAUUAACGGUGGCAUCCACAAGAAUCAUGUUGACUAUGAUGUUAUCUUUGGCUAUGCUAAAAAUGAAAUCGAAUCGAAAUUGAACGCUGACAUCAACAAGAAGAGCAAAGGUGAUUGGAACAUUCAAUUCGAGGCGGCUGCAAACAAACACAAGGUGGAAUUUGCAUCGAAUCGUAAUAUUGACGACACCAAGCAGCGAUCAGUGGUGAAACAUGAAUUGAAAUCAAGCUUCGGCACAGAUAUCGUUCUCAAUUCGGAGUUCGACAACAAUUUCAGUGCCGAAAAGAUCGAUUACGCUGCUGACGGUAGCAUUGUUUUGGCUCGCGGUCAAAAACCAUUGAAAUUAGUAUUUAAACUGUUGGUCACACCAAAACAAGGCCAAAGCAGCGGAAAAGUGAUUGCCGACACCACAGAAUUCGUUACAUUCAACGCCGUUUUGAAUCGCAAUGGUGGCGAUUUGAACGCUCCAACCACCGGAACACUUGACUUCACCGUCCAUGAAUUUGUAAUCGCACACGGUCAAUACAAUUCACAGAAAGGCGUUGGCAAAUCGGACUUCAUUGUGACAUUCUCGAAAUUCGAUCGCAAAGUUAAAGUUGAAACCAAUUACGAAGUAUCGAGCAAUAAAUUCAAUUUGCGCAACGACUUCUACUACGACUUUGAAAAGGAUAAUACGCGCCACGUUGCAUUCGACACAAAGAACAAGUACACAAGCACCUCAUUUGACAGUGUCAACGAAGUUGAUAUCAAUGGCGAGAAAUUCCAUUUCGAAAUCGAUGGAACCAAAAAUGGCGAAUGGAAAAGUGGCAAACAAAGCGGUAAAUUCUUGUUGCGUUUGCCAACUCAACGCGAAAUUGCCGGCACAUUGAAUCGUCAAUUUGAUUACACCGCACCAAAAGCAUCGGGACACGGAAACAUUAAGCUUACCGAUACCAUUACACAAGGUGGCCGUAAAACACGUUCACUCGAUUUUGAUAUCACUUUGAAGGAUGGCAGCCGUGAACAACGAUUCUUUGAUAUCUUGCACAAGCUCACGCUCGCCGAUUUCGAUGGCAAAUCAAUUGUUGUUGACAAUCACAUCAACCACUUGCCAAAAGGAAAUUUCAAAUCGGCUUUGGCCACUCUAAAAGUUAGCGGUUCAGUUCCACACCCAAUCGAACUAAACGUUGCCAUUGAUGAAUACUGUGCCAUUCACGCUGUUUACAAUGGAAACUUCAAAUACGGUAAUGCUGGUACGGUUCAAUUGAAUGGUGAUUACUAUGUCGGUGAGGCGGGUAAAAAACCACACACAUACAAAUUGAGCGGUCAAUUAUCGGUGCCACAAAGCAAACUCAAGCAAUUUUCAUUUGAUACUCGUGGUAGCCUUAAACAACCAGACCUUUCGGCUGAUCCAAACGGCCAAUACGACUAUGAAUUCAAAUUCAACAGCAAAUUGAACGAAAAGAAUGUGGAUGUCAAUACAAAUGGCAAAUUCGGUAAGACAAAUGGUGAUUUGUCGCUCAAUGUCAAACUCCCAGAAACGGAUUCAUUCGCUGUUGACUUGGACUACAAUUAUGAUCACAAAGCCGAGCAAAAAUCGUACAACGGCAAAGGUAGUAUACAAGUUCGCUAUGGAAAUGGCAAAAACAUCAAAUUCUCCGGCGAUGCUAAAGUGGUUGAAGGCCAAGAAGUUUCAUACCAUGGUUCAAUCAGCACACCAUACGAAAAGGCAAAGAGUUUGGACUUCACAUUUAAAGGACUCAAAAAAGACGAGGACACCUUCUCAACCGAAGCCGAAUUGAACAUUGACGACAAAAAUUACAAACUUUCAAAUGUCGUUGUUACUUCACAAUUGAGCCCAUCGUUCACUCUUGAUGUUUACUAUCCACAAGGCAAACACUCAAAAGUCGCUGUUGAUAUUAGCCGCGUCGCUGAUCGCAAAUACAAAUUGGGCGUACGUUUGGUUAAUAUCAACAACUUCCAAUUGACUGGCGAUGUUGAACUGUCCUACCAAAGUAUUGAGAACUUUGGAUUGGUCGUUGACUUGGACUCGGCUGCUUUAAAAGCCAACAAAUUGCACUUGGACAUUCAUUCGAAACAAAGUGGUAACAACAAGGGCAUCGAAUUCAUCGCCACCGAACAAAACAAGAACAUUAUUAGCGGCACUGCUGAUUAUUUGGUGAAACAAGAGAAAGGAAAGACCAUCAUUGAAGGCAAAGGCAAUGUUAACUGGUACGACAAAUCAAGCGCUCUCACUUUUACAUUCGUGCGCAACACAUUCACUCAAGCUGAAAAUAACGAAACUGGCGUCAGUUUGGUAUUCAAUAGUCAAAUCGGACCAAAGAAAGUGCAAGCUGAAUUGAAAUUGACCAACCGCGAAUUCUACUUGCAACACACCAUUUGUGAAGCAACAUCAGACAAACCAUGCAUCCACUUGAAGGUGUCAUCAAUCUUGAGUGAUUUGGAAUGGAAACGAUUUACCCACAAUUUGUUGGUAAAUGUUGACUUGCGUCCACUUGGAUUUGCCCAUGAAUUCAAUGUUAAAGCCGAUACUAAACGCGAUGGAUACUUCAUUGAACACACAUUCGACACUCAAAUCCAAUCGGCCGAUCAAAAUAAAUACCAAUUCAAUGCUUUCAUUAAACCAUCAACCGCUGGUGUUGUGCUCAGCAUUCCAAAACGUACGGCUGCCGUUGAGGCAACAUUCACUUAUCCAAAAGAAUUUAUUGGUAGCUAUCAGGCAACAAUCACCAGCUACUUGGAUAAGAAGAACAACCCAGGCAAACACAGUACAAUCAGUUUCAAGGGAGAGAUUAAGCGUCCAAGCAAAUUGACAUUCAUUGCAACUGGUUCAUUGGUUGCCAGCCAUCCAUCGGUGAAGGAAUUGAAGAUUAGCGGCGAAACGGAAUUCAGUGGCGAAAAGAAAUUGCUUAACGGCAACGUGAAAUUCGACGUAUUCAAGAAUACCAAUCAAGCCAUCGUUAUUGCUGCCAAAUAUGUCAACACUGAUGCUUCAUCGAAAGGAUUCAAUCUCACAUCGGAAGUGUCAUUGAAGAGCCCUGGCCUUGGAUUGAACUAUGCAUUCAUCGACAAUGCUGGUGUUAGCUUCGCUCGCCGGGCACUCACAUACACCUACGAAUUGCGUGGCCCAACACAAAAAGAACGUUUCGGACUCUAUUUGAACGCUGAUUUGAAGAAAGUUGACUUGAGCAUCGUUUUGUUCAAUGAAGAAUUGUUGAGAGGUACCAGUACAGUGGACACAGCCAAGAAAACGGCAUCCGUUCAAUCAACAGUGAAACUCUUGGGCUCAGAACCAAUUUUGUCAAAAGCAACCGCUUCAUUGAGCGGAUUCAACGCUAACAUUAAACAUGGAAACUUCUUGUCGAUUGAAGCCGAAGCAGCCGCUGGCAAAGCAUUGAGUUUCAAGGCCACUGGAAAUCAAAAAGUUCUGUUGAAUUUUAACGUCGCUUUAGAUCAAGCCAAUCUUUUGUCAACCGAUUACAACAUCAACGACAAAGAAUUCAAAGAAUUCUUGAAAAACGCUCGAACGAAGCUUGCCGAUGAUGGAAGACGUGCCCGAAGUGAAUUCGAAUCACGCAUCAACCAAGCCAAACAAUCGUUGACCGGACAAGUGAACUCUGUCAAGGAGAAUUUACCAGACUUUUCGAAAUUGAAUGCUGACUACAAAGAAGAAUACGAAAAAUUCAGCGAAGAUUUAUUAGCCGACAAAUCGAUCAAGGAAUUGGUCGAACUUUAUAAAAAGACUUACGAAACCUUGAACAAAACGGUUGGUGAACUUCUUCGCACAUUGAUCGAACAAUUCAACCAGAUUUCAAAGACCAUCAACGAUUUCUUGAAGCAAUUGUACGACGGUUUCAAUGAACGUAUCCUUCCAUCACUUAAAGAAUCAUACAACCACAUUGAACAGACAUUGUCAAGCUUGUUUGAUGAACUUCUUAGCUCAAUCACACAUUUGUUCGAAAAAUUGGUGGAAGCACUCAAGAAAUUCGAAGAUGAUUUCAAGAAGAUCGGCAAAUCAGUUAGUGAAUGGUCCAAGAAAGUCGGCAAAGUGCUUAACGAACAAUGGGCAAUCGUACAACGUGAACUCGAAGACAUUUACAAAUUGAUUGUUGAUCAUCUGAAAUCAUUGCCAGGAUUGGAAGUGAUUAAGGAAAAAUACAAUGAAUUGGUUCAAAGAAUCCCGGUUAGCGAUGCUGAAGAGUUCAAGAAAAUGGCCGAAAAGGCUUUGGCUACAUUGAAACAAUGGUUCUUGAUGGCUCAAGAACAAUUGCACUCGUUGGGUGUUGAUUCGGCUGAAGAUUACUACGGUUUGCCAUUCGUUUGGUUCCAAAAGAAUGCUCAAUUCUUGCCACAAUUUGCCACCUUAAAAUUCAGCAUUUUCAACUAUGCAUUGAACGAGCCACUUCCAUCAGUCAGCGAUUUGUUGCACACCUACCGUCCGUAUGCAUUCAAUCCAUUGUACCUGUUGCCACCAUUCCCGAUCGAAGGUCGUGUCAUCGAAGGCGAAUACUUGUUCACAUUCAACGGCGAUCAAAUCACAUUGCCUGGAUCGUGUCACUAUGUUUUGGCUAAGGAUAUUGUUGAUGGUAACUUCACUGUUGUGGCUAAGAUCGCUGACAAGAAAUUGCAAUCGAUCACAAUUACGGACAAGAGCGGCGAUUCAAUCGAUCUCAAUGCCAAUGGCAAGGUUUCGGUCAACGAUAAACCAAACGAAUUCCCAGUUUAUGAGCAAUCAUUGUACGCCUGGAGAACAUACUACAAGGCUUACUUGUACACGAGCUACGGUGUGAUGGUUCAAUGUAAAUUGGACUUGAAGGUGUGCCAUGUGACGAUCGAUGGUUAUUACUUCAACAAAUUGCGCGGUGUGUUCGGCAAAGGAAACUACGAACAAUUUGACGCUCAAACUUUGCCAAGCGGAAAGGUCUCAGACAGUGCAACACAAUUCAUAAAUGCAUACAAAUUGCAUUCAUGCCCAGAUGUAACCAUUGAUGAGCAUCACAAACAUGCCGACGAUGCCAAGAGUCCAGAAUGUGAAAAUGUUUUCGGUGCCGGUUCAUCAUUGCGUUUCGCCAAAUACUUGCUCGAUUCAUCGAAAUACUUUGAAGCUUGUCAACAUGCUGUGAAGAAUGCCGCCGCCGCCAACAAACAAGAAGUCGCUUGUAGCAUUGCCUACGGUUAUGCCACAUACGCUCGCUUGCAAAAUGUACCCGUUAAAAUGCCAGACAUUUGCCAAAAAUGUAAAGUCGUCGAUGAUACUGGCAAAGUAGAAUCGUAUGAAGUCGGAGAAAAAUACACACCAGCCACGGGCAAAAAAGCCGAUAUUGUUUUCGUUGUGGACAACGCAAUUGAAUCGAAAUCACUCACCGAAUUGGUUAACCGCUUUAUCUCAGAAUUGCGACACUCAUUGGAUAAGGGUGGAAAAUACGAUACACAAAUCAGUGUGAUCGGUUACAAGAAGGGUGAAAAAUACUUCAGCCACUAUACAUCAGAUGGUAAAUUGGACAUUACGAAAUUCCAUUUGUCAAAGAAGCCCGAAUACAGCAUCCAGGAAGAAAAGAUCGUUUCGGUUGGCUGCAAAUACUUGGAUCAAGUUUUGCAAACAUUGUACAAUACCAGCAUCAAGAUUCAGGAUGAACUCAGUCUUUUGGCUGACGGUCGUGCUUUCCGUGAAGCUCUCCACUAUCCAUUCCGUUCAAAUGCUCACCGUUCAAUCAUUGCCAUUCGUUCAGACGUUUUGCAGCAUUCACCAAACCCAAUUAAGUUGCUCGGAGCGAAGGCUGUCAAUGAAAUUGCUAAACGUAUGGGCAUCAACAUUCACUUGCUUGCCCCAACACCAGAAUUGAAAUUCGAUAACAACAAGGAAAUCAGCAAAGUGGUCGGUUUCAAUGACAAGAGCGUUUUGUACAUGCCAGGCGAAAAAGAACGCAGCCAAGAUCGUCAACAUCUGCAAUAUGGCAUUGAUUUGGGCAUUGAUAUGGUUAGCGAAAACCACGGAUAUGCAUUCAGUUUGAACAAUUACAAUGCACUCGACGAUCAGAAUCAACGUAAAUUCUUGAAAGUUGCCGCCACAAACAUCGCCCAACAAAUCACAAAGACCGAAAGUGUUCAAGAAUGUGUGUGCACUCUUUAUAACGGCCUCGAUCCACGCGAAUACUGCCGUGAAACCGAAAGAAACGCCAAAACACGCAAAUAAAUCUAGACGAUAGUGAUUUGUAAUUUUGUGCCGAUAAAAACAAACAUCUCAAAAAUAUUUUUUAGUCGGAUAAAUUCAUACAAUUAUUUUUUUUUACCGAGGAUUCAAGUUUAAUCUCUGUCUCCAUCCUUUUCUCAUCAAUUUGCCUUGAUAAGUAAGUUCGCUCAUAAUUCAGAGGUUAGUGUCUUGUUUAUGAAAAUUAUCAUCGAAGAAAAUUGUAACUAAACAGAGGCAAUAAAAUGAAUUAAAAAUUAUUUUAAAA